UGAGCGCCAGCGACGGCUUCAUGGAUUGGUGAACUCAUGGGUGUAGGACCCCAGGCCCCUAUGAUGGUAGCUGCCGAAGGGUGGCGGCUAUGCCGGUCACCGCUGGACGGGCAGAGGCCUAAUAUGGUCCUCGACAGAGGAGGGGAGGGAGGGGAGGCCGAUGUCCGGGAUCGUCUGGCCGUCCGUGACGAGUCCUGGUCCUGAGGCGGGGAUUCCUGAAAGGGGGGGCAAAACAAAAAAGGGCAUACACAGCUUCGAACCCGAACUAAAUGGGCCCUGCGCACACGGUACCCCGCGGCGGGGGAUAACGAGUGCACGCGCUCACGCUUUGGUGCCAGAUUGUUGCGCCCAUUGGGGCGGACGAAGAGCCCGACGGCGCGAAAAAAAAUGCAACAUCGCUGCAAAUCACAGGUGGGGCCCUAGACCCCACCAGUCACCGCCACCUUUCGAACCGCGUCGGUCUCUGAGGACCCCAGGCCCGAAGCUGACGAAUAUGCCCAAGUCGAAAACAUUGAGAAGCCAGGAUCUCAGGGCAUCUCAGACCCCCAGCCAGCUCCAACUCCUCACUCUCGCGGCCGCCCCUGGGUCCUGGGCGACGGAGGCGGCGACCCGAGAUAGCCGAAGGAUACGGCCUUGCUGGCCGUCCAGGAGGAGGGACCGAGGGACCGACGCUAUCGCAACGGUUUGUCCGUCGCGCCCGCCGCCCCAGCCCCAGAGCGGGUACCAGUCCCCCCAGGGAUCCGACAGGGCGACGCGGCCCAAAAGGGCCAAGACCCGAAGGCGACAAAAACCGCAGCACGCCAAAGGUCAGGGCCCAGCCCAAGGCACCCCACGGAACCAUCAGGGCCAGGUACCCCUCGAGGGCGCAGCCUGCUUUCGCUCAAGGCCUGAGGGCAGGGAAGGCGACGAGCCUGCACCUGGGAGGACUCCUCGAGCUCCAGAGCUGGGGUAGUCCUCGAAUUCCACGCCGAGGGCUUGGCAGACCGCCGACCACUGGGCGCGCUCCGCGUAGAGCUCCUCGAAAAACUCCUCGCCCUCCCCGAAGUGGCCCGCCUCUCUGAGGCCGAUCAGCUCUAGGAGGGUGUCCAUGACCACCUUGGCACGCUGCACCUUGAUGUCCUCCUGCUGCUCUGCCUCCUCCUCGAUGGGGUCCAGCACGCUGCUGUCGCCCAUCUGCUGGAGCGAUGGGGAGGCCUCCACCUUCGCGAUGCUCGCCACCACCGCCUUGCACUCCACGAAGUUGCCCUUCCCAAGGUCGUGCCGACCACCUGGUCGGUCGCGAGCCGCCGAGACGCAGCUGCUCCUCCUUCUUGUAGAUGUUGCUGUUGGCCCGCAAGACGUCGUCCCACGACGAGCCAGACCCGCCCAGCGACGUGAACGGUGGAACCGCCUCCAGCUCUUUGACCACCCUGCUGUCGUACCAGUCCAGCAAAGCAUCCUCGCUCGUGCUGCUGCCCUGGCCGUCCUCCUCGUCGUCGAGCCCGGGGGUUUUCAGGCUUCCGCGCGACCGCGCCGAACUCCUUCACCGAGCCCCGCUCCUUCAGUCCACCUCCCUGGCCGCCCUGGCCGAGAGCGAACCCGAGCGGUGCCUCUUCUCGUGCUUCUUUGACGUCUUGUCCUUCUUGUCCUUCUUCUCCGUCGGGGCCUCAACCGCGGGCGUCGACUUGGCUCCCAGCAGCGACGACGGCGGGUCCGAACUGGUCCUCGGGGUCCGCGAACGCGAGCGGGGGCGCGCUGCCGUGGUCGUUGACCAGCGCGACCAGAGCGUGCCCACCUUCACUGCCUCCUGAUGCGACUUGCGGCCGGACAAACCGCUCUGGUGGAAGACCUCGAACGAGUACGGCUCCGCCCGUCCUCGUCGCAAGCCUCGAUGCUGGCCGCGGUGCCACCCAUGCGCCUGGCGGCGCCUCCAGGUUGCCGUCCUCGAUCGCCAGCAGCGGCGGCGGGGCCGGAGACGGCCUGGCCUUCGCAAGGAUCCCAGCGGUGCGGAUUGGGCACCGCGCGAUGCGAGACCUCAGCGCAGCAAGCACCGAAGCCUCCACCGCGGCCGAAACGAUCUUCGCCGCGAAGGAUUGCUGCGGCGCUGCUGCUCUGCCGCCCCACGUUGCCCUCCACCAGCAGGCGAGGCGCCUUGCCUCGCAGCACGUCGGCGGCCUCGAGGUGCGAGUGGACGAAGAGUAUCGUGCACUGGAGUCCUGGAUGCUGGUCGAGAUGAACUCCGAUCUGCCACCACAAAUCGCUGUCUGGUCCCUCAGGGCUACGAUACCGAUGAUUGCACCAUCCGAUGAUAACACUUUCGUUGUCGGUCGUGUAGAUGAGAUGCCCACGGCUGCCCCUCAGGGCCAAGUAGAAAGCAAGAAGCUCUCCUCUUGGCACCGUCUGCCGAAGGCCUGGCAGGCCUCCCCACGCACCAAGGAACACCUCCAUGUCGUCGGCAAGGUCGUAGAGGCAGGCAAGUCCGCAUCCCACACGCCGAAGCCGUGGGUCACGACUCUCGCGCAGCCAGCGCCCCUAAGGCGAGCGAGUCUCCUCACCCGAGCCACCCCGCGCCCCCCGCGCCCUCAUCGUGGCCUCUUAGGCCGCCGCGUCGAGGUUUCGCGGUUGCAGAAGGAGCCGAAGUCAGAGUCAGCGUCCGCGAGGCCCCGCGAAAGCAGGGGGGGCCGCCGAGACAACGUCAAAUGCGUCCAUCUCGAAGCCCGCGGGGACACCAAAGACGACGGCAAUGGGAACCACCGCCAGGUCGUCGGUCACGGACUUCACCACAGCGAGAAGCGCCGAGUAGAGCGGGUCGCCGGCAUCGGCGACCCAGACCGUUUCCUGGACGUGCUGGACAGGCGUCGAAGCAGAGACAGUCGAGGGCGGACCACCACGAGGAACGCCCGCCAAGAGAGAGGUCCACCGCAAUGGGAUGCAUCGAACGAAGCCCUUGCCCGCGGAGGUCCACACAUGAUCGCCAGACACACGCUGUUGAAGAUCAGCAGGUGGAACUCCAGGUAGAAGUACAGCGGAGCGGCCGCGCCGUCCAGGCCGAAGAUGUCAUGCGUCUGUGGGAUGGGGCCCAGUUCCCUGGAGUCGAAGAACGUCAGCAGCAGGGGCAGGACAGCGACGACGCAGGCAGGCACCGCCGCAAGAGUCGCAGUCGGAGCCGCCUUCGAAGACGGACACGAUGAAGUCACAGACGAAAGCCUCGACGAGAGCGAGGAUACAGAGCGAAACUCAGGAGGGACAUCGUCAGGCCAGACACUGCGAAGCUCCUCCAGCGCCUUAUGGGACAUGGUAACACGCUGGGCUUCCGCACAGUGCUGAACAACCUUCUUGGAAUUCGCAUUUUGCGUUGUGCUCGUAUCGUUUUCCUCCUCUUGGCACGUGCUCGACCUUCGAAGAGCGAUUCGUCAUAUUCGGCGUGCGUGACGUGAUCGUCGAACUUUGCCUGCAUUGCCUCCCCACAAGCAGAAUUAGAGGCCAGAGCACUCGGGACAACGCUUGCCGAUGGGAGAGGUCCAUCGACGCUGGAUGCCACGAACGAAGCCCUUCCCCGCGGAGAGCCACAAUUGAUCGUCAGGCACACCGUGUGGAACUCCAGCAGUUGGGACUCCAGGCGGCGGUGCACAAGAAGACUUGAGUCGACCAGGCCGGAGAGGAACAGCAAUUUUGGGAAGUGGUCCAACAUCCACAAGGAGAAUAUCGUCCGCAGCAGGAGGUGCGAAGCCCCGAAGAAGCACGGCGGCAGGACCGGUAGUGAUAACAGCGCCAAGAGAAGGAAUAGCACUACGAUGCGGAACACUGUGAGCUGCAGGACGGUCUGCACAUACGGCACCAUCUUGGAGAUCGCCAGUUGCCCAUGCUCGAGCCUGGGGGGCCAACUCGGCAGCUCGACCGAACAGGGCAUCUACUUCCAGGGCCGCGCGGCCAACCUGAGCCAGCCACCGGGCACGCCGUCGUAGGCUGAAUAUCGGCAUGCUCAGCAUGGAGGUGGCCCAGGAGCACCUGCGCGGUCUGUCAACUCAAUCAAUUGGGAGUUCAUGCGUUCGUUGCCGAAUGCACAGUGCGGAUAGAACCGGCAUGCCGAACGAAUAGAGAUCCUCGGACACACUGGGAAGACCCUGAGGCAGGAGAUAUCGCGGGCAACGCACUGAGGUCCAUAAGUAACAGGUGCAACAGGAGGACCCGCAGAAGAAGGAACGGCAGCACUUCCAGCAGCUAGCGCGCUAGUGGCGCGAGCCACGCCAAAAGUGGAAAGUACGAUCUCGGGAGAAACUGGGGAAGCUUCAUCGCCCCCGAGGGUGGAGCCGAGCGAAUCCACCAUUGGACCGCGAUGAACCCCGCUCGCACCUCCAGGCAAAACGUCAGCACCGCCUCGCACAUCGCGGGCGCCAUCAGCAUGAGCAGGGGGAGCAACAUCAGAGACGGCGUCAGGACCUGUCGUCACCAACAGAUCCUGUCGAACAACUUCGAUAGGAGUCUCGGCAUGCACAACUUGACCAACACGGUCGGCUCAAACAGGCUCACCACCCCAUCACGAACGGCACGGGGCCGAGCACCGUCUGCAGUAGGUCGCCGCAGAACACCAUGCACUUCGCGCACGCACGGCGGCGUCGCCUUAUCUUCCACCAUAGAGAGGGCACUUGCAAUACGGUCCUCGAAUGCGCGCAAGUCAGACUCGAAGCCGAGAUCACACACGAACGAAUUCAAGGUGACCGGAAUGGCGUCCGGCGCCACCUGCAAGCCGCCUGGUCGCCGGGGAUCGGGAGGAACGGGUCAAUCGGCACACCAGGCGUCAACGAUAACGGGGAAGAGGUCGAAGAUCUUUGCAUCUGCAGAUCCGCGAGGAAGAACGCCACAUGUGGAAGGUCAGAGUCCGAAUGCGCCUCAAUCGCGUGGACCACGAGCGGGCUGAGGCAGACGAUCAGCGACUGUGCGAGAUGCGCAACCGAGUCAAUGGAGCGGAGCGCCCCCUGCAGAGACGCACGCUGGGCGGCGACGAUGCCAGAAAGCUCGCAGGGCGCCGCCUUAUACGUUAAAGAGGAAGUAGCACAUCCAAGCAGAUCGCGUCACGAGGCGGCGGCAAACCAUCGCAGAAACUCAGGAGCGGAACGCGAUACUUGGAACGACCGUAUUCAGUAUUCUGAUGCAGAGGACGGCGCCGUUCCUCUGGUGAAAAAGAUUCCCCCCCGCAGCGACAGCACCACGACGAUGACGACAGCGGAACCCAAUGCGCUGUUGGAGGUCCGCAUGGGCCUGGAGGCCUUGAAUCACGCAGCGGGCGUUAACAUGUAGCAGCGGUGAAACCCCGAAAUAACGACGACCAGGAGCAUAACGCCGAGGAUGAUGACGCUGCAUAGCGCUCCCGCCGAAUAUCACGUGCAGUUGGGCUGCGUGUGUGGGCCAUCUCACAGCAUAGGCCCCACCCCGCCAAGACGGGCAGGAGGCGCCACCAUCGACAUGCAAGGUCGCUGAGGGCGCGUGCGCGGGGUUCCUGCCAUGGGCUCUU